AUGAGUCUCGUUCCGGGAACCAUCCCCCUCGUAUUCAACAGAGAGGUCACCUCCUCCGAUGGGCCAGUCUACGUCCUGCUCAUCGUCAGUCGAGAACUCAAUAAGAGCGCAACUACUCGUCGACUUCGUGGAAAACUCACAGACGGAAAAUAUGAGUCGCAAAUGACAGUGAUUGUCACAGACAAACAACUGGAGAAAGGAGAUCUGCUGAAGGUGAAGCACUGGAAUAUUACUGGCAGUGCGGAAAAGAUGCUCUUUCAAAUCGAAGAGUUCGAGGUCGAAACAAAGAACUUUCCGCUGCCAAAAUCAGGCACGACCAAGAUCUGGAAAUACGGCCAACCGUUUGACCGGCCAAGCAAAUCCGUCGUCGCUGCGCCGAAGAAGAAAGUAAACGUCCCCGGCGCACCUGCCCGUGGAAAGGAAAAUGCGAAGCCAGCCACUGCUGAUGGACGAUUCAUGAGCAUCAUGACUCUUACUCCUUACAUGAACAAAUGGGUCAUCAAAGCGCGCGUGACACAGAAAAGCGCACUGAAAGAAUACCAAAACGCAAAAGGAGCGGGAAAAUUGUUCAGCUUCACCGUGGAAGAUGGAACUUGCGACUUGAAAAUUUCUGCGUUCAAUGACGAAGUUGACAAGUUCAUGAACAUCAUUGAAAAAGGCAAAGUGAUCACGAUUUCUAAUGGAAGCCUGAAGCCAAAGAAUCCGCAGUACAAUCGAACAAAGCACGACUACGAGUGCACUUUGGGAAGAAAUACGGCGAUAGAAGAAGUCAUGGAUGAUGAUGGAGAUAUCCCUGAAAUGUCCUUCGACUUCGAGAACAUUUCAAAGAUCAUCGCCGAGCGAGCGAAGGGAGCAUUCGUUGAUAGAGAUCUCGAAGUUGUCGAUGAUUCCACCAAAGAAAAGCUCCGAUGCACGCUGUGGGGAAAACAAGCUGUCGAAUUUAACGCCGAGAGAGGGCAAGUUCUCGCCGUAAAAGGCGCCAGCGUUGGAGAAUUCCAGGGUAAGACCUUGUCGGUUGGACGCGACUCUGAAAUCGUCCUUGAUUUCACCGAAAAAGACGGAGAAAGACUUCGAGUCUGGUGGCAGCAGGAAGGCCAGGACUCUACAUUUGAAGGACAGUCUGGCGCGAACACUGGAGGUGGAAAAAAGAACCAGAUGGUUACUCUUGACGCCCUCAUGCACGGAGCCAACUACGAAACAGAGGGAGACAAGCCCUACUGGUUCAACUCCAAAUGCUACCUUACCUACAUCAAGAAGGACCGCAUGGUUUACAAGGGAUGCGUUGGAAAAGAGGGCACGGGAUGCAACAAGAAGUUGAUCGAGGAAGACGACGGAACCUAUCGAUGCGAGAAAUGCAACUCGAACUUCCAGGACUUCAACUAUCGAAUCAUGAUGAACGCAGCGGUCACCGACGGUCGGGGCCAGCAUUUCUGCACGUUCUUCGGUGACACUGCCGAGCAAAUCCUUGAUAUUUCGUCGAAGGACUUGGGAGAAAUGUUCAUGUCCGACGGAAAUGAAUUCGACGAUUUCAUCAAUACAAAGAGCUGCUUGGAGUUCAUUCUUGGCGGACGAGCGAAGUCUGAAAUCUACCAGGACGAGCAGCGAUUGAGAGUUGCUGCUCAACGAGUGGCUCAGAUUGACUACAAUAAGUACGGUAUGGACUUGAUCAACCGAAUGAAGGAGUUCGAGAACAAAUCUCUCUGA